GAUCCAGGAGGAGUUCCAGGACGAUGAGACGUCAAAACCAGGAAAUAGGACUUGGGCUAGUUUUUCGGAGUACAGUGGUUUGAGUGUUGAAUUCGUAUCCUAAAUAUAAUUUUGUUUGUUUGUUUGACUAGGCUGCUUUAAGGAAAUACGCCAUCGCUCGAAAAUAAAGUUGAAACAGGAUGGCUUCAAAUCCCCCAGUGGAGAAUGGGGCCAUUCAGGGCCCUUCCCGUCACAAGCCUGGGGACGGGGACUGCCUUGUUCCCAAGACGGGCACUCUGGAAGACACCAUCCAGCAGAUGAAGGUCCUUAUAAAGGAGAACAGUGAAUUGAAAGAGGCCCUGAAGCAGACGAGCACCACCAUGAAGGAAAGGUUCGAGGGGCUGUCCGCCUGGAAGGACAAGCAGAAGGAGGAGAGGGACUUCCUGGAAGGGAAGCUGGUGGAGGCGAAGGAGCGCGUGACCGUGCUCACCAGGCGCAACGAGGACCAGAGGAAGAGGAUACAGGCUCUGGAGGGCGCUGAAGGGGCAGAGGAGGGGGAGACGAGCCAUUGGGCUUUAGAGCUGGAGGCCCUGAAGGCUCAGAUCGUGAGGCUGCAGGCGGAGAAGAGCGACUUGGUGGCCAUGAACUCCGAGCUGCAGCUGAAGAUGAGGCCCAGCUCGCCCGACGACUCCUUCAUCGAGAUCAGGAUCGCGAAGGGAGAAGUGAACGUGACAAAAGAUUUGGAGGAUGGACAGAAGGACUCUGAGAUGUCUGACUCGACAAUGUGCCGGCAAAAGUCCGAGGAGCUGACCGUGAGCCAGCUGCUGCAGUCCCUGCGGAAGGAGACUCAGAGGGUGGAGAAGCUGGAACUCGAGCUCCUGGCUGCGAGAGAGAGGAUCUCGGAACUGGAGCUCGAGGCUGUGAAGCAGGUGGAGGUUGAGACUCAGACCACGCUGGCGGGAGGGAAGAUGGAGGAGCCUGCGACGGUGUCCCAGCCCCAGGGAGAACCUCCACAGGAGGCUCCCAGGAAGGAGUCUGAUGCCGAGUUGGGGAAUCUGAAGGGUCAGAUGACCAAACUAUUCAAAGACCUGCAGCAGGCUCAGACCAAGCUGGACGAUGCAGAAGACAUGAAGAAGAGCCUACAUGACAGGUGCAGGGACAUGGAGCAGGAGCUGACCAUGCUUCGGGCUCAGCUCGUGGAGAAGCAGCAGGUGCAGACGGAGAACAGGCGGCUGAGGCUGCAGCUGGAGAGCGUGCAGACCUCCAUCCAGGUGGAGCAGAAGAACGCCGAGGACGAGAGGAGCAAUGUGACCCAAGUGAAGGACGAAUACAUCAAGCUUCUCGAGGAUUACAAUGCGCUGAAGCAGGAAAUGAAGACAAAAGAGGUUAGCCAAGUGCAGGCGGAGAAUGAAAAGCUCAAACUGCAGGUGGAGAGCAUGCAGACCACCGUCAAGAUUGAGCAGAAAAGGGCGGAGGACGAGAGGAACAAUAUGGCUCGAGUAAAGGAUGAAUACACCAAGCUUUAUGAGGAUUAUAAUGGGCUGAAGCAGGACAUGAAGAAAAAAGAGCCCCCCGUGUCCAAAGAGGAGAUAAUGGAGCUCCAGGCCAGGCUGGAUUCUGCGGAGAAGGCCUUGGCUGCCAAGCAGCAGAAGAUCGACGAGAUGAAGCAGGAGAUCUUCAAGAAGGAGCAGGAGCUGGAGACCAUCUCUGUGUUCCAGGCGCAGGCGGAGGUGUACUCGUCAGACUUCUACGCGGAGCGGGCCGCCAGGGAGAAGAUCCACGAGGAGAAGGAGCGCCUGGCCGCCCAGCUGGAGUUCGUGAAGAAGCAGAACAGCCAGCUGCAGGACGAGAUGGAGUCCAUGGGGAGGCAGUCGCUGAACGAGAUGCAGAGGCGCCACGAGGUGGCGCGUGGAGCCGGCCCCCGGGGGGGCGGCCAGCAGCACGGCCGGCUGGAGGGCAGAGGUGCCAUGAGCAGAGACUGGGAGCAGCAGCAGGACAUCCCCGAGCACGCCUGCCCCAAGUGCAACGAGAUCCUCCCGGACCUGGACACCCUCCAGAUCCACAUCAUGGACUGCAUCAUCUGAUCCCGUUGCAUAGCGACAGGCCGAGGCAGCGGUAUAUAUAUAUAUAUAUAGAGCACUGUGCCCAGCCGUGGUGACACAGUUUAACAAAGCACUGUGAUUGUACGGGCGCGUAAUAUUUAUAUCCAAUAAAAUACUCAUGUAAAAUGAUAGUAUCACAAUUAUUUCGCUGACAGUGCUUAUUCGUUAAGUGGUCUGGGCUUUUCCCAAGCGAAGCAAAGAAUAAUAGUAAUAUUAUGGGAUGUGUAAUUUAGUAAGUAACGUGCCUCGCUCAUGCCUGUGGUGCAAAGGAGGUGCAUUCAGGAGCCUGUGGUGAGACGUGAGAAUAAAAGAACAACAAUAAAAUAUAUGUUAAAAUGCUCGCAUUGCUUAGAUAAGGUGCAGUAUGCAACUUUUUAAAAUAUGCAAAUUUACAUGUAGGUGAUUAGCCUGUGCAACUAGUGAAAAAAAGAGGAUGCAGAGCAUAGCUGCAAAGAAUACCAUUGACUGCAAUAUAUAAACUUUACUGUUGAGGAUGCCAUCUUUAAUUGAAAUUAAGGCAAUCUAGUUUUGUUCACAAUAUUUAUUUCACCGCUGAAACUGUACUGUCGUAUUUUGCUUGGCAACGUAUGAAGCUGUAUGACAUGAUUGAUGUUUAUGACAUUCUCAGCGCUUGGAGACCAGGGUCUGUUUCACGUACGUCGCUUAGGAGACCCUGUAUAAUUUGGAGCGUAUCUCAUAAAAUGAUCUCAUUAAUUCAAUUUUCGGGUUUACUUCGCUUCUGAAAACGUGACUUACGAUUUGAUUAGUUAAUCUGGGAUUGAAUCAUCCUGGAUAACUGCGUGCACCUGCACCGCUAUAAAGGGGAGAUGAAUUGCACACUGAAAACAGGAUCAAACUCCUUAUAUAGACUCAGAGGGAGGUGGUGUGGUCCUUUGCGGAAUCACAUGACACAUUAAAAUCGACGAAAGCAAUAUGUUUCUGUAAAUGCCUGUAAAUUUUUACAUACUCUCAUAAUGUAACCUGCUGUAUGUGGUUUUUUUAUUUUGCAUUGGGGUUGCAGAUCGCGAAAUUAUGGCAACACUAGAGAGGGCAUAUUUUUUUAAUCUCUAAAGAUCAAGAACUCAUCUAGAGAAAACAAUUCUAACUAGCCAAUCAAACUGAGCCGGAGUGGCCAAAAUGAGAGAGGGCUCCUGGCAGGUACUUGCUGAUUAAUUAAAUAGGCCUUGGCUAUGCCUACAUAAGAAGACUUCCAUUCAUUUGCUUUCUAAUAAUGCUGCCACACUGAGACAUAAAAUUAUACUAUUUUUUCAGCAUGUGACAGCAGCUGUAAAA